AUGGACAGUAGUUCAAAUACGUCUGCUGCCGACCCUGACGAACCGUCUCCUCCUCCUCCUGCCCCAGCUACCGUUUCCGAGAAAAGCGCCAAAUCGUCAAAGCAGACACCUGUUUUCAAGAAAGGAGCACCCAGCAUCAAAGUACCCUCGGCUGACGGCGAAGAGAAAACUUUUGCCCCUAAAAUAUCAGAAAUCGUCGAUAGCAUCACAAGGCUGACGUUGGUCGAAAUAUCGGAGCUGAACGAAGCGCUGAAGAAGCGUUUAAACCUGCCUGAAUUCUCAGCCAUGUCGUACAGUCCCCAAAUGAACACCGCUGCACCACAAACCACAGAAUCCAUGCCAAAAGUAGAAUCGAAGAAAACGUCGUUCAAAGUAAAGCUGGUGAGGUACGAUGAAAAGAAAAAGAUUCCGUUAAUUAAAGAAGUCAAAACGCUCGUUCCUGGCUUGAAUUUGGUGCAGGUAACGAUUUCGAAUUUGCAUGCAUAUCUCAUAAUAUAAUC